UUUCUCCAUAUUUCCUUCUCACAAUCAAUGAUAUGAUUCCGCUUCAACAAAGGCAUGCCAACAUGUCUUCUCUUCAUUCUCCCUCUCUAUCAAAACUUCGUUGCACAUCUGCAACGGAGUUUACGUUUUGUGACAUCUCAGAUAUCAACUAUAAUAAAACCCCCAUGGAACACGAAGACUCUUUUGUGUUCUCGCCAUCUUUUACGCCAAACCCCGUUUAUUCCGGUUACAAUUGCUCAUCGCCCACAAACGAGCGACGGAAUAAGAUCAUGGAAAUGAUGAACAACCUAUCUGAGUCUUGUCAAGAACUAUCGUUAAAAGAUAUUGUUGUAGAUGAUCUUGAAAGGGUACAACCUGUGGUUAAGCAAACAAGUUUCAAGGGAAAGAAGACGAUUCGGAAAAAAAGUAUAAUUUCAAGAAGUGUUAGCUUGGAUACUGGAGUUUUUAUGCUAAAGAUGUUCAUCCCGGUUUCAUUGGGUACGAAAAAAUCGCGAAGCUCGUCAAUGAUGUCUGCGGAUAAGAACAGUUUUAGCACCCGAUCAAGCAAUAAGAGUAACGAUAAAUAUAUGCCUAUGGACACCAAAUCUAGGUAUUCUAACGCAUGUAGGUCUGAAGAAUCCGCACCAGGAUGUUGGUUCAUCAAUCAACCAUCAAAGCCAAAGCCGACGAGUCGAAGGGGUUGCAUCUUUUAAUGGAAAUAAAAAUGAAAAAUAGUUAGCGUAUUAAUAAAAAACCAUAUUUUUAUAAAAUUAUUUUGAGUGUUUUUAUAUAUUUUCAUCACGAUUUUUAGAGUGUCCGUUU